AUGGUACAUCGACUACUGGAUCCAAAUGAAUCCCCCACAUUUGGGAAUUCACUACUGUUACGUGUUGAUGGGGCAAUUGGUGCAAUGUCAGUUUCACCCAAUGGAAGAGAUUCAGUACUUGCUGGUAGGAGAGGAUUAUUUAUUAUAGAUCUAGACGAUCCAUUCACUCCUCCAAGAUGGCUUCAUCAUAUCACUUCUUGGGAAGUAGCUGACGUUCAAUGGUCUCCUCAUAAUUUUAUUAAACCGUCUUGGUGUAUAAGUACUUCCAACCAAAAGGGACUUCUUUGGGAUCUUAAUCGUCCAUCAAAUAAUGCAAUUGUAAAUAUCCUACAUGGUCAUACUAGAGCUAUAUCAGAUAUAAAUUUCCAUCCCUUUGAUCCGGAAGUAUUGGCUACAUGUUCAGUUGAUACGUUUAUCUAUUCAUGGGAUAUGAGAACUCCUCGAAAACCGGUAAGUCAAUGGGCUGAAUGGAGAGCAGGAGCAAUACAAGUAAAAUGGAAUCAUGAGAAUCCAUAUGAAAUUGCCCUGACUCAUGAUAAUUCGUUUUAUAUUUGGGAUACUAGAAAGGGGGCAUUGCCUGUAGUGAAAGUUGAUAAAGCCCAUGGUGGAAAAAUUAAUGGAUUAGAUUUUAAUCAAGGUAUGAAGAAUAUUAUUACUUGCUCAAAUGAUAAAACUAUCAAGACUUGGAAUUUAAUGAGUCUACAGGCUCAAGAAUAUAUAUCUAAUUUUAACUAUUUUGAUAAGAAGAAACAGGAGGAUAAUAAAUUACAACCUAGUGUAAUUAUCGAAACUGAUUUCCCAAUUGCAAGAGCAAGAUCGUUGCCAUUUGGCUCCGACAAGGCUUGUGGAAUAAUGCCUUUAAGAGGAGGAUCGGAUGCCAUUCAAAUUGUAAAUUAUGAUGCCGCAUAUCACGAUUACUUAUCAACUGGAGAAACCCAAACAAUUCAAGCUGAUCCCAUUUAUUCAUUCAAAGGACAUUCUGGCCCAGUUAAGGAUUUUUUAUGGAGAGUGAGACAUGAAAGUUAUGAAGAAUUUGACAGCAAGAAUAAAUGGAAGGAAUAUCAAUUGGUCACAUGGUCGGCCCUGGAUUGUGAUUUAAAAUUAUGGCAACAUGAUGAAAAUCUCUACAAAAAGGUGAAUUACGAUCCUACAUUUUAUAAAGUUUUCAGACAUGCCUCUGACUUAAACGACCUGGAUUCAGAAGGUACCUCAUCUAGACCACAUACUCCCAUAUCCCAUGAAAAGAAACCAAAAUAUAAGUAUGAAACUUAUUGUGUAGAACCUGCUGUUACGAUUGAUGAUUUGGUCAAAAAUAAUGGAGGCGAUUUAUUAUCUUCGUUGACUCUUUUGCAAAUAUCUGAGAAUCAUAAGCAUGCAGGUUAUGAAUUUACCCAGUUGAAUCAUUUAAAUUGGAUCUCAGGUGUCAGAAUGGGUCGUCCAGGAGGUGCUGCUGGAGCUCCUGGAAGUGUCUCUAGAGCAGGGGAUAGGAAACAGAGUACAACAUCUACAUAUGAUGAUGACGGUCCUUCGAAUUUAGGAGAAGAAGUGAGUAUUGUUGGGCAUAAAUUUCCAAAAAUUAGGUUUGAAAAGAUAUCUGUAUCUACUGGUGAGCUAGUCAUGAGUUUAAGAGGUCCGUUGCCUGUUUUGGAAGCCGCUCCAAUCGUCCAAGGUAUCGAUACAACUACCAAUAAUGGAGCCAAUAGACAUGACAGCAAUGCAUCUGUCAAAGCAAGUACUACCAAAAGCGAUGACUGGAAGCCUGAAGGGGACCAAACUAGUGUGAAGGACAAUGAAAGUACCAGAAAGACAGAACCACUGGUGGUAAGUCCUAGUGUUAUCCAUGAAGAAUCCUUGACAUCAGCAGAACAGAAAUUAGUAUUCAUUAGAAUUAAUAUGAAGUUCCCCAAAAAUUAUCCAUACCUUGAGGAAAUCGAUUAUUCUAAAACGAUGUCAUCCAAGAAACUAGCCAAGAUUCUGAAACAGAACCUCAUAAAAUUUAAUAUUGAAGAAACUCAUGAAAUAACCAAACAAAUACGUGAUCAAAUGCAGGAUAGAUUAAAUGAGAUUGCCCAAUUUUAUACCAAUAAAUAUCAACGGUUCUGUUUAGAGCCUUGCUUGAGAUCCCUUAUGGGAGAACAAGUAGAAUUAGACGAUGCAUUAAUAUUGAUGGAGACAAGAGGAAACAAAGAACUUGAUGAAGAAGUGGGAAAUGAAGACUGGGUAGACGAUUUAAUUAAUCAACAGCCUGAUUUACAUGGAUAUUCUUCCGGUGAAGAUGAAGGAGACUACAAUGAUUUAAUUCCGGCUAUGAUGAACGAUAGCAUAUUGGUAGAUAGAUCUGGUGCGUCGCAUAUAAUAACUGAACCUAAACUUGCAAACGCUUCAGUCAGUACGGUUACGAAAAUCGCACCUGGAGGAGCAAUGAACUUCGAUUCUACACCAUUGCCGAAAGGCUGUGGAGCGGUCUGGGCACCUUCUGGCCAAUUGGUUUGUUUCUUUAUUCCUAAAUCUGUCAACGAUAACAAAGACGAUUCUGAUCCAGAUGAAGAGGGGAAUGAAAGUGCACUUCAAAAAUUCAAUAUUUUUAAAUUUACCGAUAGUGGAUUUAGUCUUAAGACCCAUAACAUUCAACAACAACAUCACCAUCACAGCCUUAAACAAGAGUCACUAGAAUCAGCAUCCGACGAAGAGGAAAAUGAGGACGAUAUUAACAUGGAUUUGGAAAAUCCAGAGCUGGACCGUGAAUCUUUAACAUCAGGCUCAUCAGAUGAUAGCUUUACCAAUGAUUGGGAUGAGAUAUUGGAAGAUGAUGCUCCGGCAAGAUCAAGAAUCCCUGGACUUUUUAAAACUAGUAUAGGGUUAGGUAAUCGAUAUUCAGGGAGGAGCCAUACGAAAUCCUCAUUCAAGAAUCUUACCAGUCAUGGCGGAACCACGUCAAACUAUAAGUCUUCCAUACGAGGUGGUGGGGGAAAGAAGAAGAAACUGAGGGCUGAAUUUUCUAAAAAUAAGAAUAUUGUUGGAAUUUUUGAUUUUUCCCAUUUGUUACCGGAUAAGUAUCCAUUAGCUUGUGAAUAUCGAGUGCUUGGUGAUUCACCAGAAAGUCUUGCUAAUUAUAAUAGCAAAGUGGCUUUGAAGUAUGGGUUACAAGAAAUUAGUGAUAUUUGGAAGAUACUUGAAAUUAUACUUAUAAAAAAUGUUCCUCUGACUCCAUAUAGCCAUUUUAAUCCUAUGUUGUAUUAUGCUAAAGAUCCAGAUAAUCUCAUAUUACAUUCAGAUUCGGCUAAAAAGAUUUUCAAGAAUGAUAAACAUACUUUCUAUUGGGGGACUCACCCAUUUGGUCCAAUGUGGUUAAUUCAAUCAAUCUUCGACUAUUUUGAAAAGAAAAACAAUGUCCAGAUGUUAGCCAUGAUGUCGUGUAUAUUAUAUGAAAAUCCUAAAAGUAUCGAAGAGGAAAUUGACCCCUUAUUUAACGUUCCUAUUCACACCCCAUAUCAAGCCUUACCCCAGCCUCCUGUUUUAGCACCCAAUCGAAGUAAGCUACAUCAAGGGUUAUUCAAUACUAAUUUGCUCUUCGGUGGGAGUGGUCAUCCCAGUAUCCCUCAUCUGCAAGCAAUGAUCCACGACAAUUCAUCGUUGCUGAGCCUUCUUAUGAGAAAGGGAUCGCUGAUUUCGGGUGCGACAUGUGACAGAUCCUUCAAUUCAUCCCUUGAUGCGGCUAGCAUACGAAUUGGUUCCCCUGAUAAAGUAGCGUAUAUGAAGAAAAAUAUUGCAUUGGGAAUUACACCUAGUGGGCCCAGUAAUAAUUCGUAUUCAUCCUUAGGUGAGUCUUACAAUGAAACCUAUAGGUUCUCCACUCAGCAACAACAAUUACAAGAUACUAAACGAACCAAGCCUUCCACUCUUCUGCGAAGACCAAUUACUGCAAAGUCUAGUAAAGGAAAGGUUCGACCUCCCCCCAGUGUUAUGCUUGAAUUUGAAAAUAUUGAAGAAUUAGAUCUUUUUGAAAGUGUGUAUACCAGGUCAUUAUUGAGUGGUCAAGAUCCAUUGAAGAUUAAAUCAUACAGAGAACAGUAUGCAGAAUUGUUAUAUAAUUGGGGAUUACAUGUUAGCCGAGUCAAGAUUCUCAAAUUUAAUUUCCCGGAAGGAAAGGUUGCCACCAAUAACAACGAAGAAGAGGAUGAUUCUUCCCCAUUUGAUAUACAUAAAUGUAAAAUAGGAUUACGUAAGAGGAAACGUCAAUUGCCUUACCAAAACUUCCUUAAUGCUGUUAGUACUAUAGUUUCCCCAGACGGGCCAAACGCUUGGAAUACCAAUAAAAGGGCACAUAUGAAGUAUUGUACCUUGUGUAAUUUAGUGGUUACGAAGAAUUUCACGGUUUGUAUCGUAUGUGAGCAUGUGUUGCACACUGAUUGUGGUGUCGAAUGGUGGACUAAUGGAAAUGAAUGUCCAAGUGGUUGCGGAUGUAAGUGUUUAGAACAUACUAUAUAG